AUGAGCUGCUCCAGGCUGCUCCAUGCCCCGAGGAUGCAGAAGGAAGGGAUGGUGAUGCCUUGGCCGUGGGACCGAGCCGAGGUCGCUGCUUUCUUGGCCUGUGGCUCCCUCUGCUGGUCUCGCUCUGCCGAGCUCAGAGCCUGGCGGUGUUCGUCCCAGCAAGGAACCCCAAUAUUUAGAGCAGUGAUAGAAACACUUUCAAAACUUUCUCGCACUCCUAUUGCGUUAGGCACAGGAAUAAGGCCCUUUCCUACAGAAGAAAGUGUUGAUGAUGAAGAUAUUUACAAAGGUCUUCCUGACUUAUUAGAUGAAACUGGUGUUGAUGAAGAUGAGGAGUUGUAUGAUUGUGUCUAUGGAGAAGAUGAAGGUGGGGAGGUUUAUGAAGACCUAAUGAAAGAUGAAGCAGCACAGCAACCUAAAUGUACUGAAAAUGACAUAAGAAGCUGUUGUCUUGCUGAAAUAAAGCAAACUGAAGAGAAAUACACUGAAACUCUGGAAUCGAUCGAGAAAUUUUUCAUGGUGCCAUUGAAAAGGUUUCUGUCAGCAUCAGAGUUUGAUACUGUUUUCAUCAACAUUCCUGAUUUGGUGAAAAUUCACAGGAAUCUUACACAGGACAUCAAUGAUUCCAUUAUUAACAAAAAUGAUCAGAACCUGUAUCAAAUUUUUAUUAGCUACAAGGAAAGGUUGGUUAUUUAUGGACAGUACUGCAGUCAAGUGGAGAUAGCAAUAUCAUGCUUGGACAAUAUCUCUAAGACAAAAGAAGAUGUUAAAUUGAAGUUAGAGGAAUGUUCCAAGAGGGCCAAUAAUGGGAAAUUUACAUUGCGGGAUCUAUUAGUGGUUCCAAUGCAGAGAGUGCUAAAAUAUCACCUGCUGCUCCAGGAGCUGGUAAAGCACACUACUGAUCCCAUGGAAAAGGCAAAUCUAAAACUGGCACUUGAUGCAAUGAAGGACUUGGCUCAGUAUGUAAAUGAAGUAAAGAGAGAUAAUGAAACGCUUCGUGAAAUUAGGCAGUUUCAACUCUCAAUAGAGAAUUUGAAUCAUUCCCUCUUACAGUAUGGAAGACCUCAAGGUGAUGGUGAAAUAAGGAUAACAACAUUAGACAAACGUGCGAGGCAAGACAGGCACAUCUUCCUGUUUGAUCUAGCUGUAAUUGUUUGCAAACGGAGAGGUGAUAAUUAUGAAAUGAAGGAAAUAAUAGAUCUUCAGAAAUACAAAAUUACAAAUAACCCCACUACUGAUAAAGAAAAUAAGAAGUGGUCUUAUGGCUUCUACCUCAUUCAUAUCCAAGGUGAAAACGGUUUAGAAGUUUAUUGCAAAACUAAAGACUUGAAGAAAAAAUGGCUUGAACAAUUUCAGAUGGCUCUGUCAAAUAUCCGGCCAGACUAUGCGGAUACGAGCUACCACGAGUUCAAAAUGCACACCUUCAGCCGUGUGACGUCUUGCAAAGUCUGUCAGAUGCUUCUGAGGGGAACAUUUUAUCAAGGCUAUUUAUGUUCUAAGUGUGGAGCUGGAGCACACAAAGAAUGUUUAGGAAGACUAGACAAUUGUGGCAGAGCUAAUUCAGGUGAGCACGGGAACGUGAAACAUGAGAAACGAACGAAUGGAAUUAGAAGGAACUCUAGACACGUGGACCCAGGUUUACCAAAAAUGCAGGUAAUUCGAAACUACAGUGGAAUACCACAGCCAGCAGCUCAAGAUGGUCCACCACUGCAUAUCCAGAUUGGGGACACUAUUGAACUAAUCAGGGGAGAUGCACAUAGCUUAUUUUGGCAGGGUAGAAAUCUAACAACAGGAGAGCUUGGAUUCUUCCCAAGUGAUGCAGUAAAACCUUGCCCUUGUGUUCCUAAACCAGUAGACUACUCUUCACAACUCUGGUUUGCCGGAGCAAUGGAAAGAUUGCAAGCAGAGAGUGAACUUAUUAACAGAGUAAACAGCACUUACCUCGUGCGGCACAGGACCAAAGAAUCGGGCGAAUAUGCAAUUAGUAUUAAGUACAAUAAUGAAGUGAAACACAUCAAGAUUUUAACAAGAGAUGGCUUUUUCCACAUUGCAGAAAACAGAAAAUUUAAAAAUUUAAUGGAACUCGUAGAAUACUAUAAGCACCACUCUCUCAAAGAAGGUUUUCGAAGUUUGGAUACUACCCUUCAAUUUCCAUACAAAGAAUCUGAAAAUUCAGUGGGACAAAGGAGUAACAGAACAGGUGGCAACCUGCUAAGCCCAAAGGUGAUAGGCAUUGCCAUAGCCAGGUAUGACUUCUGUGCAAGAGACAUGAGAGAACUGUCCUUAUUGAAAGGGGAUGUUGUAAAAAUUUACACCAAGAUGAGUGCUAAUGGCUGGUGGAGAGGUGAAGUAAAUGGAAGGGUGGGCUGGUUUCCAUCAACCUAUGUUGAAGAGGAUGAAUGAAUUAAAAACUUUCCUCUGCUGACCAGCAGUUUCAGGGAUUGUAAAAUUUUAGUAUGUUCAUCAUGUUAUUAGUCUUGUUAAGUAUUUAAGCAGCAGCAUUUUUGUCUGUCUGUACCUUCCAGUCUUAAUGUUGGGAUUUACACAGAAGUUUGGGCUGACAGAUUAUUACCUUGCCCAGAGCUGUGCAAGAAACAACCUGCCAGUUUUCCAUCAUGGGAGAUAAGUACAAAGUCCAAUCCUCACCUUCCCAGAAGAUCUCUGGAAAGCAAAAUUCUUUGUUCCUUUUCAUUUCACCCCAUAUUACGCCACAAAUACUAAUGAUGGCUGAAUAUUUUAUGCCUCUAUUCUUCAAGCUAACAUCUGUGAUGGUACAAGGAGAUGAAGGCUUAUUAUUUCUUAUCACUGCAUGCAGA